AUGGAAUUCUUCUACAAACUCGGUCUAUCGAUUGGAUACCAUCCAUGGAGGUACAUACUCGGCUUGUUGCUGUUCACAGCCGUUUGUUCUAUAGGAUUUAUUAGAUUCCAUCAGAUAAAUAACGCAAGGAUUACAUAUACCGAUUCCGAGUCUGCUAGUCAUGUUGAGGCUCGAGUACUGCAGUCCUUUCUACAGCAAAAUGGAACUUUGAACAUGGUCGAGGUAUGGCAAUUUAUUUCUAAAGAUAAUGGCAGUCUGUUACGAGAGGAGUACAGGCAUCAGAUAUGGGAUCUGAUCCACGAAAUUAACACCGAGAUUACUGUGAAGAAUUCCACAGGACAUCAACUGACGUAUCGCGACAUGUGUGAACCGUAUUGCCAGAAGAAUGACGCAUUCAUAGCUCUUUUGGAGCUGUACAACAAGAACUUUUCCAGAGUUGAGGUCACAUAUCCUACUAUGGACAUUCUUGGAAAACAAAUCUUUAUCGCUAGUAAUAUUUAUGGUGUCAGUCUUGCUAACGACACCAAUACCAUCGAAUCAUUCACCACCGUUAUCCUUCGCUACUACAUGGUAUAUCCCGAAAUUAAGCCCCUACUCGCUUGGGAAACAAAGAUAGUCAGUCUUCUGUAUGACUCCGGCAAGUAUGAUUUACUGAACUGCAGCGCCGGUUCAGAUAACCUCGUAGCAAAAGAGGUCAAAGAGAUGGGAAACAAGAGCGCCCCUUUACUUAGCAUUUCUCUAGGAAUGCUUAUGAUCUUCUUGAUGUUGUGCUCAUUCAGGUACAAAAGACGAGAAUCAAAACCGCUCGAAGCGAUACUCGGUGGAGUUACACCGUUGUUGGCAGGAAUCACUACUGUCGGCUUAGUUUCUGCCACUGGACUUGCAUUUCAAUCUAUCGUCGUCAGCACGUUGUUCCUAGUCCUAGCAAUAGGUAUCGAUGACGUCUUCAUCAUGUUGGCUGCAUGGCAUCGAACCGAAAAAAGUAUGGACGUACCUAAGCGGACUGCUGAGAUGGUUCAGGUUUCCGGAUCAUCAAUGACUGUCACUUCGAUCACAAACGUGAUCUCGUUCGGAAAUGGUGUUCUGUCCAGCACGCCCGCUCUUCAGACCUUCGCCAUCUACUCAGUUGCUGCCAGUGUCAUCUGCUAUUUUUAUCAGCUGAUACUUUUCCCAGCGAUUCUCACACUCACUGCUCACAAGGAGAGUGGUUGCUUGCCUGAGGAAUUACCGUGUAUCAAAGAUGCUGGAAAAUUCCAUGAUCGUGCUUGGAAAGGUCUCGCCCGUCUGGUCGUUAAACCAUGGAUGCAAGCUCUCACCAUAAUGGUUCUCAUCGUCUACUGGGCAUUCACGUAUUACGGUAUUUCAAUCGUCCAGACGGAUCUUUCUGUGCAAAAACUUGCACCACCAGAUGCGCGCAUUGUUCAGUUCAAAACGCGCUAUGACGACAUCAUAAGGGGCAUGCAAACCGUUGCGAUCGUUGUAACAACACCUGGCGAUUUACGAGAUCCUAAAAGGUUCGCUGAUGUGGCCACUAUGAUUCGGGACUACGAAGCCGCGAGCUACAGCUACGGUAAGGAAUCCACCUUCUGCUUCCUCGGACCUUACAUGGACUUCCUAACAAAAAUGUCUAAAACUUCUAUGAAACAUCUAUUCUCACCCAAGUUAUUACAGCAAUUGUUUAAGGAAGUAGUCUUCACUUACACCCAUAUACCGGACUUCCUCGAAUCGGAUACCUUCUGGAAAGGGACUAUGCGAACCAACGAGACGGCAUGCAAACUGAAUGAACCGUCAUGUCUACCGUCCUUCCUCUUUACUACAGGAUUCACGACGCUGUCAAGCUAUAAAGAAAUGUUCCCACUCAUCCAAGAAUGGCGUGCAAUCAGCAGUAAACAUCCCGAUCUGGGAGUAUAUGCGUAUUCCGAGAGGAGCACCUAUGCUGAUCAGACCGAUGCCCUCGGUGACGUCAUUUGGCAGACACUUUAUUCAGAAGUGAUCUGUAUGGGUAUUUCUUUCAUCGUUUUCAUCCCGGACAUCGUCUCAAUCGCUGCUGCUAUGUUCAGCCUGUUGAGCGUCAAUCUCGGGGUCUUCGGAUUCCUCGUUCUGUGGGGUGUCGGUAUUGAUCCCAUAUCCAUGGCGUCUCUACUGAUGUCAAUCGGAUUCAGUGUCGACAUAUCGGCUCAUAUCAGCUACCAUUACUACCUAGUAAAAGCGCCGACACCUGUCGAAAAACUGGAAGAUGCAUUUUUGAACAUUGGAUGGCCAACAAUGCAAGGUGGACUAAGUACACUCUUCGCAAUGCUUCCAGUCUUAAUUAAACCGAGUUACCUAGGAAUGGUGUUUCUUAAGGUACGUCCCAGAAGUAACCUUCUAUUUGAAAUUUUCAUUUUCAAUACAGAAAAUGUGUACCUGCAUAAUAAGGUGUGUAUACUUGGCUAA